AUGUCCAAACUCAUCCUCCUACUAGAUACUGGUACAUCCACCCUCGUUCGACGAACAGCAGCAAAGCAGCUAGCAGACGUCGCACUCAAAACCUUUACUCAACUCCCCCAAGAUGACGCAUGGCCAGACGCCCUCGAAACCAUCGCCAAACUCAUCCCACUCCUCCGCUCCCGCUCCUCCGAAACCCGCAAUGCAGCAGCUUACGCCCUCGGUCUCGUCGCUCAAGCUCUCCCAGAUUGGCAAGGCAACCCACCCGACGAACCCGUUCCUAUAACUGGCGCCGACACUCCUUUUGACGUCGCAUACACCGUCGCGUCGAAUGACCCAUUACUCGCGUCAGCAGGGAGGGAAUACGUCGCCAAACCUGGCAGGGGCGACCGCCUCAAGAGCCGUAAGGCCAUGAUGAGUGUUGCAGGGCUCGGCGGCGGACUCGACAUGGGUAGCGAGAUGGACAAGGUACUCGACGACGCCGAUGACAAGGACGGUGUAACUUCGGGCCCACCAACACCAGCUCCGCCACCCGAAAAUGUCUUUGAGGGCCUCUCGGCGCGUCAGAUUGCCAUGAUCAAACGCAAAAAGGGAAAUAACAUUGUCGAGGAAGCCAACAAGAUGAGGCGGUUGAAUCACAAGAACGACGCCGGGUCACAAGAUACAACCCCAAAGAGCACACCCAAGACGACACCACAAGCAACACCUCCACCCGAGGUCAAGACCGAGCCCGAGGAUAUCAAGCCCGACAUCAAACAAGAAGCCGUGAUCAUCGACCCGGGAAAGAAGGGCGGCGCUGUCGAACCCACCGACGCAAAAGUGCUCACUCUCGAUGCACAUGGACAUAGCCCUUGGUCGGCCGUAGUCGUCGAGCUCGCCAAGGCGCUGACAGAUCCGGCAUGGGAAGCGAGGCAUGGCGCUGCCCUCGGUAUUAUGGAGGUCGUACGCGGUACCGGCACCACCCUCGGCGCUGGAUACCCCGGUUUCUGCCUCGCACUCGCCCGUCGCCUCCUCUCGCUCCUCGCGCUCGACCGCUUUGGCGACUUUCUCGGCGACACGGUUAUGGCACCCGUGCGCGAAACGGCUGGCCAGGCGCUGGGCGUGCUCUUUCGCCACCAGAGCGAUCCCGAGAGCGCCGAGGUCCACAACGCACUCGUGGCCAUGGUUAACCAGCCGUGGGCCAAGCGGGGCAAGGAAGCUGAGGGUCGUCCGCGCGGCGACAAGUUUGCUUGGGAGUUGCGCCACGCCGGGUUGCUUGGUCUCAAGUACGAGGUCGCGUUACGCGACCCAACGCUGAUUGUGCACGACGUCGUGGCAUGCGCAAUCCUCGCUCUCCGUGACCAGGACGACGACAUCCGUUCGGUCGCCGCGUCGGCGCUCCUCCCCAUCACGUCCACCCUCGUGACCAUACCUGAACUGCCUGCGAUAGUUGAGACGCUCUGGAACUGCCUCGGUGAAGGUACUGACGAGCUAGGCAGCAGCACUGCAACCGUCAUGGACCUCCUCGGCGCCAUGUUGCAGUACGACGAGGUCAUCACGCUUAUGGCGCAGAGCACCGACAGUCAUGCCCUCAUCUCGCGCAUCUACUCGUUCAUCCGACACCCGAUUGCGACAGUCCGCCUGGCAGUCGUCAAGGCGCUGCUCGUCUUACUCUCGGUUCCCGCGCUACCGCGCGACUGGGUACGCCCAGAUGUCCUCUCGCUCCUGUACCAGAACCUCGUACUCGAGGACCGUGCCGAGAUCCGCGACGUCACGUUCCAAGCGUUCGCGACGGCCGUUGCCAACAUUGACCUCGACGCGACCGUCGGCCCCAACAUUGAGGACUGGUACGCGAUCGUCAUGACGCCCGUCGGCACCCCGCUCGACCAAGCGUUAUUCUUUGGCCAGCGUCCGCGUGGACACGACGUCGACAAGGCCAUGUUCGCGGGCGAUAUGGGUCUCGUGUCCACCGACACGGUGCUCGAGACCCGCAUCGCCGCGGCCAAGGCUCUCGCUCUCCUCCGACGCUACCAGCACGGCUUUGACGACGUAUCCCUCAUUAAGCAAUAUCUCUCAAGCGUGUGCGCGCAUCAGAUCUUCAUUGGUGCGACAAUCGUCCGCGAGUGGGCUUUCGACAACCAGGAGUCGGCCCGCGCGUCCGGCAUUGACGCCAACGUCCUACCGCUCCUCGCCACCAAGGCAACGUACACCGAGAUGUCGACAAUGCUCACGCGUGUGCAUGCCGAGGUGCGCGGUCUUUUCACCGCAUUCACCACUGAGGGCAAAAUCAAGAAGGACCGCAUCCCCGAUCUCCCGAGCCACAUCGACCCCCUGGGCGGUGCCAGUGCGUUCACUCUCGACACAGCGCGCCGCGCAGUCGGACCGACGUUUGAGGCUCUCGCUAGCCUCGUCAAGGCCAAGGCUGCGCUUGCCAACCUGCGCGACCGCCAGAGGAAGGUGCUCGCGAGCGUCGGCUACUUUGGCGCGAUGAAGGAGCGUCUCGACGUGCAGGUGUCUGCCAGCGUCGCUGGCGCGCUCAUCACCCUGGGGACUAUGCCACCAAAGCUUGGGCCCGUCGUCAAGGCGGUCAUGGACGCAAUCAAGAAGGAGGAGUCGGAGCUGUUGCAGACGCGCGCGGCUGAGUCGGUCGGCGCACUCAUCGCAUUCUGCUGCUCACCCAACUUCUCGCUCCCUGUCAACCCGACCGACAAGGUGCUCAAGAACCUCUUCACCUUUCUCAACUCGGACGUCAGCGUCACACCUGUCUUUUCGACUGACACGGACGGCAUCCUCAGUCUCAAGGAUGCCCCAGUGCCCCAUCAGACCAAGAAGGGUGCGAUUGCCGCCGCCGAAGAGACGGAGGAACAGAUUGCUGCGCGGAUCAUGCGCCGUGGUGCCCUCGGUGCGCUUGGUGCCGUCGCACGCCGCUUCGGUCACACGCUGUUCAACUCCGUGCCCAAGUUCUGGGAGGGCAUCAGCGCCGCGCUACAACUGGCGGACACGGACGUCACAAUUCUCGACGCGCGCCUUGCCGAGCCAAACAAGGGUCAGGACCUCAUCGACACCCUCACGUCGCUGCGCCUCGUCGCACCCGAGCUCGAUACCGGAGUACACAGCCAGGUUGUCAGCCUGUUCCCUGCGCUCAUUAUCGCGUUGCAGUCGUCGUUCACCGUUAUCCGCAACGCGGCUGCGCGCACCAUUGCGGCGCUGUGCGAUGUGGCCACCGAGGAGGCGAUGCGGACUGUCGUCGACGACAUUGUGCCGCUCGUGGGUGACGCCGGGCGUGUGCCGUCUCGCCAGGGCGCAGUCGAGGCCAUCCACCACAUCAUCAAGCUCCUCGAAAUAAAGGCGCUGCCGUACGUGCUGUUCCUGAUAGUGCCGAUCCUGGGUCGCAUGAGCGACAGCGACGAGAGUGUCCGCCUUCUCUCGACGAGCACGUUUGCGUCGCUCGUCAAGAUGGUCCCGCUCGAGGCGGGCAUUCCCGACCCACCCGGUUUUAGCCCCGAGCUGCUCGCCAAGCGCGAUGAGGAGCGUCGCUUCCUCGCGCAGUUACUCGAUGGCUCGCGUGCCGAACAAUACGCCGUCCCAAUCGAGAUCAAGGCCGACCUCCGCCAGUACCAGAAGGACGGCGUAAGCUGGCUCGCCUUCCUCGCCAAGUACCAACUGCACGGCAUUCUGUGCGACGACAUGGGUCUCGGCAAGUCUCUGCAAACGAUUUGCAUUGUCGGCUCCAAGAUCCACGAGCGCAAGAUGCGGUACAAGGAGACGCGGGGCGUCGACGCUGCGCAUCUCCCGUCGCUCAUCGUCUGCCCUCCCACUCUCACAGGACACUGGUACCACGAAAUACGCAAGUUUACUUCUGAACUCUCCGCGAUCCAGUACGUCGGUAACGCGAACCAGCGUGCCGCUUUGCGGCCCACGCUCAACCGCUACGAUGUGGUCAUCACGUCGUACGAGAGUGUGCGCAACGACAUUGCCGACCUGUCCCGCGUCAACUUCCUCUACGCGGUCUUAGACGAGGGUCACGUCAUCAAGAAUCCCAAGACCAAGCUCACGCAGGCGGUCAAGCAGCUGCGCGCACAGCACCGCCUCCUCCUCUCGGGCACGCCGAUCCAGAACAACGUGCUCGAGCUGUGGUCGCUUUUCGACUAUCUCAUGCCGGGAUUCUUGGGGAGCGAGCGCGCAUUCAAUGACCGCUUCAGCAAGCCGAUUCUCGCAGACCGGGACGGCAAGGCGACGCCAAAGGAGCGCGAAGCAGCUGCAUCCGCUCUCGAGGCGUUACAUAAGCAGGUACUUCCCUUCCUUCUCCGUCGCCUCAAGGAGGACGUGCUCAACGACCUCCCACCCAAGAUCAUCCAGGACUACUACUGCGAACUCUCGGAUGUCCAGAAGGCGCUUUACGAUGAGUUUUCGCGCUCGCGUGCCGCCGAAGAGGCGGGCGAGUUCGUAUCCGCCGACGGGGGGUCGGGACAGCAACAUGUCUUCCAGAGCCUCCAGUACCUGCGCAAGCUGUGCAACCAUCCUGCACUGGUCAUUGGCAACGACGAGCAUGCCAAGGCGACCGUCAAGCGCAAGGUAGGCGCGAUGCCGGCCAUGAGCGACCUGUCACAGGCGCCCAAGCUCGAGGCACUCAAGCAGCUCCUUACAGACGCGGGGAUCGGUGCUGGCACCUCAUCAGUCGGCGAUCGCCUCGACGGCUCGGGGCCGUUUACGGGCGGCCACCGCGUCCUCAUCUUCUGCCAGCUGCGCCCGAUGCUCGACAUUAUCGAGCGCGACCUCUUCCGCUCCCACAUGCCCUCUGUCACGUACAUGCGUAUGGACGGAGGCACUGAUCCGCGCAAGCGCCACGCCAUUGUCGAGACAUUCAACGCCGACCCUAAGAUCGACGUACUCCUCCUCACCACUAGUGUCGGUGGUCUAGGCCUCAACCUGACUGGCGCAGACACUGUCAUCUUUGUCGACCACGACUGGAACCCCAUGAAAGACUUACAGGCCAUGGACCGUGCGCACCGUCUGGGCCAGAAGAAGGUCGUCAACGUUUACCGCCUCAUCACGCGCGGUACUCUGGAAGAGAAGAUUAUGGGCUUGCAGCGCUUCAAGCUCAACAUAGCCAGCAGUGUUGUGACGCAACAGAACGCCGGCCUCGGCAGCAUGAACACGGGCGAGGUGCUCGAUCUCUUCAAGGUCUCUGCCGAGGGCGAGGCUCCCAAGGCCUCGAAACCCGCUGGCGCCGGCCUUUCCAAAAUGCUCGAGGGACUCGACGACCUGCCUCCCGACGACGAGUAUGCCGAGCUGUCGAUGGACAACUUCCUCGCCAAGAACGCCUAG